AUGAAAUUCAAUUUAGGUUUUUUAUGUUUAUAUAAUAUGAUAAUAAUUUCUUUAAAAAUUGAAUAUUUUGAGUAUUAUUAUCUUUUUCCUUCAUUAAAAGAAAUUUUGAAUUACUAUGGAUAUACGUUAAGUUUAAAUUGUUUUAAAAAAAUAACUCAACAAGGGGUAAAAAAUAUAUUACAAUUAACUAAAUGGGAAGAAAUUUUUUGUACAUAUUUUAACACUAUAUAUUAUAGUAAUAAUUUUUUUUUUUUCGAAAAUGUAGAAAAAAAAAAAUUAAAAUUAAUAACAUAUUCUCAAUUAGAAAAAAAAUUUGAUAUUGAAAAAUAUAUUAAUAAUCAAACUUCUUUUUUAUAUAAAAAUAAUUAUUAUUUAUAUAAAAAAAAAAAAAUUUCUAAAAAAAACAAAUAUAAUCAAUAUAUAUAUACUAAUAAAACAAAAGAAUUAUUGGAAAUAUCCUUGUUUUUUUCAAAAUAUUUUCAAAAAAAAUUAAAAAAAAAGUUUGCUUUAAAGGAAAAAAUAUUAUUUAUUUUUUUAAUAAAAUUAACAAACAAUUGCCAAAAAAAUCUUUUUUAUAUUUUAUUUUUAAAUUAA